UAAGGGAUAAGGGAGGGACCUAAGUGAAAAAAGGCGGCAGUAGCGGUGAAAAAAUGGCGACCAAAGUGCACGCCCGCCGCCUCUAGCGCCGACCGCCUCCCGUUCCCCUUCCCCACUCCGUCCCGGCAGCUACCUCCGCUUUCCACCACGCCGGCCGAUCCGCCUCCCCAACCCUAUCGCCGGCAGGCGCGCCACGCCAGGUUCCGGGCUCGGAGACACCGCACGCUCCGCCCGAUGGGCACCCCCGGGCCGGAGCUCGCCGCUCUCGCGAUUCGCCGCAGCGGCGGCCGCCUGUUCGAGCGGUAGGGAGGGACUCGUCUCCCCGCCUCUCCUUGUCGUGGACUCGUGGUAGCGGGGGUGGGAGGAGCCAGAGAGGCUGGGGGCAGGGAGGGAGGAUGCUGGGGUCGGGCCUGAAUCUCGUCAGCGCGGCGCUCGGCUUCGGCAUGACCGCCGCCUUUGUCGCGUUCGUCUGCGCGCGGUUCGUCUGCUGCCGCGCCCGCCGCGCGGACGCUAGCGCGUCACGGCCACACCCCUCGCCGGUGGACUUCGACGCGGACUUCCCCUCGGAUUUCGAUCGCCCGAUAGAGCAUUCCCGCAGUGGGUUGGAACCAUUGGCUGUUGCUGCAAUUCCUACAAUGAAGUAUAACUGUGAAGCUUUCCAUUCGGAAGAUGACACCCAGAUGUUUUGUUGUAACAGGUGCUCCAUAUGUUUAAGUGAAUACAAGGAGAAGGACAUUCUAAGAAUUGUACCUAUUUGUCAUCAUAACUUUCACCUUUACUGCUUAGAUGCAUGGUUGCUGAAGCAGACUACUUGCCCAAUAUGCCGGAUCUCAUUGAAAGAACUGCCUGAUGGAAAAUCGACCGUAUCCUCUGCUCCUACCAUGUCUCAACCCCCCACCCUCCCUGAGAGUUCUGUUAAUCCAACAUCUCAUUUCCUCCCAGUUCAUCAAGAACACAGAAGCCACCAGGAUGGCCCAGAUAUGCCAGAAUCUGUAGAGGUGGUUAUUGAAAUCCGACAGUGACUACGGCGGAAUAGUGCAAGACAAGAAUUUGCAGUUUAAAUUCUUUGUACGCCCUUCAUUGCAUUGUUUGUCGCAGUUUCAAAAUGUUUGAAGUCAAAAUUAUAUGUGGUCCCUUUGCAAGUUGUAGACUAGAGAAGUCAGUCAUACAAUCCACAUUAUCAUAUGUUCUUUUUAAUAUAUGUUGUAUAUUGCAAGCUAAGUAAAAAUACCGAUAAGAUCUACUGAUAUAGGAGUAGAGCUUAUUUACUGUUGAGUCCCUAAUUUUUUUAUGAGUGAAUUUCAGCAGGGACACCUCUUACCAAAGUUUUACUUUCGA